UUUAAAUCUUAACCUCUCACGGAAAUAUUUGUAAACGUUUGUAAAAGUUUUCUCAAAUUUAGAAAUUAACCAGAGGAAGUUUACUCAUGCGCUUCUACUAUUAUCAUAAUAUAUAGCUAUAGAGCGAUAGAGACACAUUGAAACCAGUAUCAUCAAGGUUUUUUUCUGAAGACAGUGUCACGUGUUUGUCAAAGUAUACCAAGAAGUUAAUUGUUUAUAAGCUCUCUGGAGUUAUCCAAUACACUGACUGAAGACGGCAAAAUGGCAUCUGGUGGCGAGAUUGACGAUGUUUGUGAAGUAUUUAGAAAUUUCAAUAUUCUCAAUUCAAAAGACAAACCCCCAAAUAAAAUGACUAGUAAAGCAUGGGGUAAAAUGGUUCAGGACUGUCUAGGGAAGGACACCACCAUUAGACAGAGAAUGGAUAGCAGUGUAUUUCCUUACGUCCAAGAUAAAACAACAAAAACACUUGAUCUUACAGAUAAAGCCAAAGUUGAUAAAGCCCUCGAUAAGAUGGCUGAAGUUUAUAAGGAAUGUAAGCCCAAGGAAGAAAAAGACACACCAGUGGCUGAAGUCCGACAAAAACUUGUGAAGAGAAUACUUGAUAAAAAAAAUCCUGAAGUACAUGCUACGAAAACGUCUGCUACAGGAGGGGUUGAUCGGAUGACAGAUACUUCCAAAUAUACAGGGGCUCAUAAAGAACGAUUUGACGAUUCAGGAAAAGGGAAGGGUGUAACAGGACGAGAAGAUCGAUUUGAAAAGUCAGGUUAUGUCGGCCAGUAUAAGGGUGCCGGCACUUAUGACAAAGAGAAAUGACUUUGCUGAGAUGCGUUUUUUUGUCAAUAUUUUAUGCAAAUAUUUUUUAACCAUUCAAAUAUUUAUAGUUGUUAGUACAUUUAUCUGUUCAACUUGUAUAUAGAAUCUCUGAUUAAAUUCAAAACUUAUA